UUUCUUUUCCUUGGACAAAGGGAAAAGAGGAAUAAAGUCGAGGCCAAGCACCGACCCAUGGUUCCCUACUACGGAAUGUACCGAAGGGAAAAAGGAAACGCAUGGAAGAUUUCGAGAAGAAAGUGAGAAUAUCAGAAGGCAUGGACGUUGAUCAAAAUGGCUCCAACCACCACCAAAUCGUCUCUUUGCUUCGCCAAUUUCUCGGAGUUCAGCAGCGAAGAGCGGAAGCCUACGCAAAACUCAAAAAGGGCUUUACUGAAUUGGGAGAUUCUGCUUACCAACAACUUUGCAAUGAAAUCACACUUCAAUUUAAUGACUGUUCGAAACAAGUGCAUGCAUUGGAGUCGAUAUUUCUGAGUCCCAGUUAUUCAAGAAAUGAUUUAGCUUCUAUACUGAGGUCUGUUCAAGUUCAAGAAAAGCAAAAGCUGCAUCUGACAGCAACAAUUCAGGUUUUGAAAAAAGCUGGACGCCCCUCAGAACGUUUAGUGAGCCAUGAAAACUGCAAAUUUAAAAAUCACACGCAACACGAAUGUGUUCAUGUUCAUGAGAUAACAGAAGCUGCUGGAACAGAAGAAGCAGAAGCAGAUGCAGAAUAUGAUAAUGCAAUGAAGGAAGCGAUUCAAGGUGUUCAAGAUGCAGUCACCACCAUUAAUGAACAUUUGGAAGAAGUUAGGUAUGAAAUUGCUGCUCUUGAAGCAGAGUGAUUUUUGAAAUUACUUGUUAUUUUGUGUUUUUUUUUUAUUAAUCCAUACUUUGUUUAGAUGUUUUCGUACAUAUAUACAAUAUUUAGUUAUCUAGUUAUAUUAAAGGUUGCUUA